AUGGCUCCAGGUGUCCACCAUCUCCUUGUGCUGCUCCUAGCCUUCACAGCCUUCAAUGGCAGCUCUGCGGCGUCUCGUCGUCUUUUGGACACGGCAGCUGCACCAGAGGCCACACCAGCUCAGCCUUCGACGCCGGAAGUUCCAACCACAUUGCCUUCAAUUCCUUCCAUUCCCGCAGUUCCGAAACUCACAAUGCCACCAAUACCGUUCAUUCCGAUCCCGAAGGUCGCCAUGGCACCAACCGCCACUGGCACAGUUCCAUCUCUUCCGAUUCCGGCGAUCCCAACCACCAUGCCGACCAUUCCUACUUUGCCUGUUACCAUGCCACCAAUGCCCUCAAUUCCAACUAUUAUUCCAUCCAUCCCGAUCACAAUACCAACAACUAUGCCUACCAUUCCUGGGUUCCAGAUGCCACCUAUUCCAUUCAUGUCCCCACCUCCAGAAACCACCAGCCCAUGA